UUGGUUUCAUUUGGAACAAAUGAUGACUAAAUUAUUCGAAGCACCGAAAGAGAAGUUGUGUUUCCCCCCUCCUACUGUGAAGAAGCUGUUGGAACAAAAACGAAAACGAGAGACCUCUUCAGCUGGCGCUGUGUCACCCACUGCUGGCCCUUCGGCACCAACACCAGUCCAAGCUGCCCAAUCAGAUCUCAGUUCCCUUCCCGAGAGCAUGGGUGCCACAGGUCCACUCCCACAAGCGGCAUACAGUAGCUGGCAGAGCCCAAUUACCCAGCAGUCACCUCCAUCCCAGCAGGAGUUCUUCUUCCCAUCAACUGAGGAGUAUUUCUCUAGCCUUUGCCAUGCCGACUUCAGCGGCGUUUCAGACUGCAGUGUGCCAAUGACCAGCAGCUAUGCCCACACAUCAACUGAAGAGACGUAUACCGGAAUGGUGUCAAUGCACAGUAAUUUUCCAUCUGAAAGUUCCUUGCAAGGUUCUUUUGCCUCAUUUGGACUUAUGGCACCCCACCAAACCCCUUAUCACUGGAAUCCCUCUGUAGUUGGACAGUACCAGACUACUGGUGGCCUUCACAUUUUUGGGACAUCUCAUGUGCAGAUGGAUGCCGGUCAGCUGGAAACAGCCAGAAUGUUUAUUCAGAAGAUGGAUAUCAGUAAGAAACUUUGGCAGGAUGAAGAUGGUGACACAAUUCUGCACAUCUAUACGGCCAAGGGCCUCAGAGAGUACGUCUAUGCAGCUGCUGAGAUUCUUCGGGAUUUGGGAAAACUGGACUGUAAGGAGCACAAAGGGAAGACUCCUUUGCUCGUAGCUGCUACUGCAAACCAUCCAUUCAUUGUUCAGGACUUGCUGUCUUUGGGCUCAGACGUGAAUGCUUGUGACAUCAAGGGGCAAACCGCACUCCACCUUGCUGCCACAUAUGGCUUUCCGACAGUCAUUCAGGCGAUUCUUUCUACAAGUGUAAAUGUUAACUUGGAAGCUCGUAAUUUUGAAGGUCUGACUCCACUGCACUGUGCUGUCAUUUCACACAGCUCUUCCAUGAAGAUGCUGGCUUCACAAGAUCCAGGUCAACAAACUGACACAAGCCUUGAAACUCAAGCCCAUGAUAAGCUGACCUGUAUUCAGCUGCUUCUGCAAUAUGGAGCAUCUACAUUUAGCCAGGAUAUAAAAAGCAACAAGACAGUACUUCAUCUGGCAGUGAAGGAGGGCAAUCUGCAUCUCGUUCAACAUUUGCUGAGCCUCAACAUCCCGGAUAUGUGCAAUUUUGUCAAUAUGAAGGCACAUGGGAACACUGCUCUCCAUAUGGCUGCUGGUCUCCAUGGCCACAUUCACCAGGAAGAGAUUAUACGCCUGCUUCUGAGCCAAGGAGCUGAUCCAAGUAUCCGUAACCUGGAAAAUGAUCAGCCAGCUCACCUUCUACAAGCUGGAGAAAGAGGAGAGAAGCUUAAACACAUCCUUAAAAGAGGAAGAGUGAUGUCAUCAUCUCGUCGUCGCAUCGUAUCCUUAUAGGACCAAGAGAGACUCGGACUAUUGUCAGUCCCCACUGUAACCCUAUUAAUAGAAAUGUGUAGGGAUGUCGGUAUUUCCUCAGUUGAAACAGUUUUCACAGAUACACUUUAUUUAUUAUGCAUUCAUUAGAUGUGCUAAGUUAUAAUAUUUAUUUUUUAAAAAAUAUCUUUUGCUUUUAUUGGAAAGCUUGCAUUUGCCAUACAUUUUGCAGUGGAUGAAGUCACUGCUUACAGUGUGUACGAUGUGCACGUAGUUUAUAGUUUUUGGCAAAAGUCAAAAGGAGUACUGUAUGUGUGAUUUGUAACAUAAUUAGGGCUUUUGUGUUUCGGUUUAUCACAACAUUCUAAAAUAUUCACUCUACCCAGAAAUGUUCAUGUCUACCUGUGUAUGUUAGCAUCCAUAGAAGACAAUUAUUAGAAUACAAUUUGAGAUUGUGGCUUGCGUUGAUUCAAAUUUGGGCAGUGCACGGCUACAAGUGUGCCACAGUUCCACACUAUAUGCUGUAAUCAGCUGAACAUGGAGGCAGCACGAUGUUAACAUGAAGCAUACGUAAAAUGUACAGAUCUCCUGGUCAUCAGUCGUAUCAGGAAAUGGAGGCGAAAGCACCCCAGGAAAGUUGAUUACAAAGAUCAGCAGAACAUUGCAUCAGAUGAAGGUAGCGAUAAUAGUAAGUGAAAUGAUGACAGAUUAAAGGGAUUUAAAAAGGAACCUGAACAGGCCUUAUUCUCUCAUCACACUUAUUACAAUAUUUGUAAUAAGCCGUGAACAGAAUACAACAAAACUGUCACCCCGUAAUCUUGUUCUGUUACUUAUGCCUUGUUACCACACGUCAUGCACUGUGUAUCUGCCCAACUUUUGUUUCUAUUUUUGCCAGACAUCAGUAAUUUUUAAUUGAUUUGACUUGAGUAGCUCUUUGUCUGGUGCAAAAUUCACCCAUUUAAAUAUAUUUCUAGCCGUGCAAUCACAUUAAAUGUAUAUCAGACAUGAAAGACCUCACUGCCUUUGUUUGACACAAAGCGAAAAUGAUGAGAAGAUGAAAGAAUUCUGUGUGAUUCUGUAAGUUCAUUUCAUAUGUUCACAUACACACAUCACAUAUCUGCAAACCCAUGUGGAUGUUUGCGUAAUUUUGAUUUCUGUGAAAUCGUGUUUUGUUUUUUUUUUUUUGUCUUCAAAUGAUGCAUUCAUUUUGGUCUCUCUGCACCCCAGUACACAAUUCCCAGUGUUAUAAUGAUCAUAUUGGUCAGAAUGGGAGUUGUCAUCUAAAUGAGCACUAGUUACGCUGCAUCAGGGUAACAGUGCCUGACGCUUUGAACUUUUUUAUUUAUUUCAUUGUCACCUACUUUCAAUGUUAAUUCAGACAUCCAUAUUGACUAGACCACUUAUUUUUUUCCUGUGUGUGUGUGGU